UCACAGUGGGGCACAUCGGACGCACGGCUGCUGGGGCGUCUGGCGAGAGAAACCUGCCUUGCACCGAGAGCACACAAAACCCUCAUGCCCUUCCUGACACAGACAAGGCAAGAGUGUAAAAAAUGCGACUCUCAGAAUAAUGCAAUUGACUCUUGCCGAGCAUAUGUUGAGCCCAUCUGUCUUGUUGGUGCCUUUACAGGCGGACGACAAUGGGCACCGCAUUACUAUCGGCAACAAAGUCAACCCAGCGCCAUAUCUAGGAGACACCAAAACACCACACUCCCUCACAUGGCUGCUUACGGUGAGACCGGUCUUACGUUGUCACUUCUCGUGUGGUGUUGUGGGACGGGCGAUCCGACUCCAGUUGGACAGUGAGCUGGAAGAAGCCCGGCAGCACACUCGCAUUGUAGUUGAUGGGGACCGAGCAGUUCAGGCCGGGCAAACAGUCCUGGCAGAUCCAUGUGUCGCGACCGCCGCUACGACCGCUCUUCCGCACACCAACAGACCCAGCGGUGCAUGGCUCGCACGGCUCAUCGCCGCGCUGGUGGCCAAGACGGCAAUAGCAUGUAGUUGAGCCCUCGUCGGAACCUGAGGACACAUUCUUAAAGUCCAACAGUCAGUACAUUGAGAGUUCAUUUAUCCCAUAACUGACCUGCAUCAUCAGGGCAUUGUUUGCAUGUUUGUGUCUUAACUUGUCUGUUGCUAUAUGUGCCAGCCGGACACUUCGUGCAGUUAAUGCCGAUGCCCUCAUAUCCAGGCAGGCACCGACAGAGGGCAUCCGAGGCAAAGAUAUAGUCAACCUGUGCAAGCAGGGAGCGCAGUAACAAGCAGACACCUGAUAAAUACUCGCCCUCUCGCCGUGUCUGUUUGAUGGCAUGGAACCUGACCUCAACUUGGUUAAACACAGAGCAGAACUCCGUGCACUCAAAGCGCUCCUCGCCAUUGUCCAAUGCAUGCGGCAGAUUUUUGAUAUCCUGCACCGAUCACGUAGAGCCAGGCAAAAUAUUGACACCGGUUGAUGUCAUGCUGCGCUACCCACCCAGCGGGUCGGGCGACAGACAUCCAGUGAAAUCCUGAUUCGCACCGGUGGUUAAUCUGUGCAAACCCUGACACCUCUGAAUCACACAGACACACAGACACACAGACACGCAGACACACGCACGCAACGGAGAACACAGCGAACAGCGAAGAAAAUGAUCAGCACAACGAGCAGAAGGGCCUUCUCUCAUUCUCUCACCUUAAUGUCGGGAAAACUGAUGCAUAUCGGGGUCUGCCCACUUCUCAGGUCUGGGUUGUUCGUCAACCUCGCGUUACGAUACGGCUGGACGGUUAGUGAUUUCCAGAGGUCCGAAGGCGCAGCCACUCUCACCAGUGAAUUGUUGUCGAAGUCCACUUGAAAGAGCGGUGACCGCAUCAAUCCGUACAAAUCGAUUGAACUAAUAUUGUUGUCACUUAAAAUGAACCGCAAGUUGUCCACUGUUAAGGGUGUGAGCUGUUCACACAACCAAAACUAAUCUAUAUAGACAAAAGCUUUCCUGUGCCCUACUAUUUGUCUUCUGCGUGUCUAGCUGUGUGCUUACCGUGUUCGCGGUCAGCGCCAGGGCCUCACGGUCGACUGCGAAGAAGGCCUCACAAUGUAGCUCGCCAUGGAUGCUGCAAUUCGAUGCCAAAAGGACAUCCAAACUGUCAGAUACAUGAAGAGACAAAGCAGGAAUGAACUGGAUAAAAAGCCGUAAUGUUUAGCUACUUGCUCUGCCACUUGAGGGGCAUGAAGAACCCGAUCACGUCGACAUGGAUUGGAUUAUUCGAUACAUCCAGCUGUUGCAGGCUGCCCCAGUCAGGUGGGGGUGGUAAAAGGCUCGCAUCCGAAAGUGUCCUCACUAGACCGUCAAAUCCUCCUUUCCUUAUGGCUAUCAUUUCAUUACACACGCAUUCACGCAGACAAAAUAUCCAUACAUACGGCUGCCUGCCUCUUGCUUCCUCGCGUGUGUGCUGUAUGUAUGCAUAUCAGCUUACUCAGUAUUCCUGUGUGUGGCAUGUAGCAGACUCCUUCCGAGGUGGAGCCCCAGUCGGGCCACUUGCUAAUACGAUUAUUAGCGAGGGCUAAAACCUCUAGCUUGGGCAUUGAGCGGAAGCUCUCCGGCAGGGCGCUUAACAGGUUCCCGCUCAAAUUUAGGUAAACCAGUCUGAUGCACACAUAUAACACACACAUGCACACAUCUUUCUGGAUUUCGGGAAUGGCCUCACUGACACUGACGAUUCUGGUAUCGAGCCGUUGUCGGCGAAUCCCGUGAUGCGAUUCUUGUAGAGAACGAUUCUCUCGAGGUUGGGAAAGGCAGACAGGUCGAUGGACCCAUUCAGACGGUUGGAUGAGAGGUCCAAGCGACGAAGGCUGUGGUACCUCAGACCACUAUGACUGCGAUCCACCAAUCCGUCCAGCCUAAGAAUUGACGGGCCCAACAAUGAUGUGCGUGCCAUCUGUCUACUGUGCAGCGUACCGGUUGUUUGCUGCGUAGAUUUCGGUGAGACGCUUUAAAGUCUGAAAGCCGACGGGCAAGUGACCCUCGAACUAACACGUGAUCAUCAGAGCACACACAAACUGUUGCCAAAGGUCGCUUACUCGUCGUGGUUCUCACCGACUUGUUGGCCACCCGUAGUUGCCUGAGCGACGUGAGGUUGCUUAGCGGCUUUAGAGUGCCGGUAAACUUGUUGUUGUCCAAAUCAAGAGUCUCAACCGACUUCCAGCCACUCAGCGUAUCCGGGAGGUUGCCAGAGAGCUGCAGGCACGAGUAUGGGUAGACACAGCAAUGCGUCUGGCGCCAUGCAUCUAUUGGGUCCUCACCCGAUUGUCAUAGAAGUCUGCUUUGCGGAGCUUGGCCAGCUUCCCAAGCUCGGCUGGUAUUGGGCCGCUUAAGUUGUUGUUUUCCAAAUGGAGUUCCUCCAUGGACUUCAACCCCCCCAGCGUGACCGGCAGGGCGCCCGAUAGCUGGACAUCCCAUGGGUAAGCACAACAAUGUCCGUAGCGACAUGUAUGAAUGUGUAGAUAUACCUGAUUGUUGGCAAGGUCUAGACUCCAUAGCUCAGCCAGCUGCCCCAGCUGUGAGGGUAUGGUGCCGCUGAAUCCGGAAUUAUGCAUUUCUAGUGCUCUCAGAUCGCCCGCAUUGCCCAAGGAAACUGGCAGUGGACCAGAAAACUGAUACCAGAGAAAGAGACGUGACAAAUUGUUAUUCACACUUGCGUUUGUGUUGGUUGGCUUAUCUGUUUACAUACAUUGUUAGAUGAAACGUCCAACCAUUGAAGGCUAUCCAU